AUGCUGAAUAGGGACACGGAGCUUGAAAAUAAGAUAUUUGCAUUCCUGAGGAAUGAGCUGAAAAGAUUCAAGAGGAUUCUGAAUCCAGACUACAUAGAGAAAUCUGAGCAUAAAGAUGAUGAUGAUGAAAGUGAUGCCAGAGAAGGGGCUCUGAAGAUGGCACUGCACUUCCUUAGGACCAUGGAUCAGAAAGAGCUUGUUGAAAAACUGCAGGAAAAUGAAAAAGAUGUUGUUUGUCGCACUGAGUUGAAGAAGAGCCUUCAGAGCAGGUACCGGAGUGUGUUUGAAGGAAUACAAAUGCAAGGAGAUUCUGCUCUACUUGAAAAGAUCUACACAGAAGUCUACAUCACAGAGGGAGAAAGUAGGAAAGUGAAUGAGGAGCAUGAGAUCAGACAGAUUGAGAUGAAAUCCAAACUAUCAGCUGGACAAGAGACACCAAUCAAAUGCAGUGAUAUCUUCAAGCUCUUACCAGGACAAGAUAAACCGAUCAGAAGAGUCAUAACAAAGGGAGUGGCUGGCAUUGGUAAAACUGUGUCAGUUCAGAAGUACAUACUGGACUGGGCUGAGGGCAAAGAAAACCAGGACAUCCACUUCAUAUUUCCACUACCAUUUCGGGAGCUCAACCUCAUUAGAGAAAAACAGUACUCUAUGAUGGCACUUCUCCACCACCUUUUCUCUGAAAUUAAACCGUUAACAUUUCAGAGCCAAAACAAGCGCAAAGUGUUGUUCAUCUUGGAUGGUCUGGAUGAAUGUCGACCUCAGCUGAACUUUCAGAAAAGUCAUAGUUUGACUGAUGUCACAGAGGUGUCUUCAGUGGACAUGCUCUUGACAAACCUGAUCACAGGUCAUCUGUUUCCUACUGCAUUAUUGUGGAUCACCUCUCGACCAGCAGCAGCCAAUCAAAUUCCACCAAUGUGUGUUGAUCGUGUUACAGAGGUACAAGGCUUUAGUGACGCACAAAAGGAGGAGUACUUCAGGAAGAGGAUCAGUGAUCAGAAUGUUGCAAAAAGAGUAAUCUCCCACCUCAGAUCAUCUAGGAGCCUCUACAUCAUGUGCCACAUCCCAGUGUUUUGCUGGAUUGCUGCUACUGUUCUUCAACUGGUCUUCGCAGGAGGUGAAAAGGUUCCGAAGACGUUGACAGAGAUGUAUACAUACUUCCUUGUCUUUCAAAACAGACAGCGGGGCCUGAAGUUUGAUAACGUCUAUGAUGAGGAUCCUGAGUGGAACCAGGCUAGUCUCCUUGAUCUUGGAAGACUAGCCUAUGAACAACUGGAAAAAGGAAACCUGAUCUUUUAUGAAAAGGAUCUGAAAGAAUGUGGUAUUGAUGUGGAGGAGGCAGCAGUUCGCUCUGGCAUCUUCACCCAAAUGUUUCAAGAAGUAUCAGGGGUGAUCCUGGGGAAAGUGUACAGCUUUGUGCAUUUAAGUAUUCAGGAGUAUCUUGCAGCCUUAUAUGUGUUCCUGAUGAUGAGAAUUCAAGGCAAAGACCUUGUGUCAAUAAAGCAACCACAAGUAAGUAAUUUGUGGUUUAAAAGAAUGCUCUCUCCAAACAUGCAGACAUCAAUGACCACUAUGCAGAAGAGUGCUGUGGACAAAGCUUUCCAGUGUGAAGAUGGACGCUUUGACCUUUUCCUUCGUUUCCUUCUUGGCCUCUCACUGGACUCCAACCAGAAUCGACUACAUGGCUUACUGCAGAAUCAACAUCUUCAGACUGACAAUGAAGAAACAAUCAGGUACAUCAAAGGAAGAAUUAGUGAAGCUCCUUCAUCAGAAAGGGUGAUCAACCUCUUCCACUGUCUGAAUGAACUCAAUGACCACUCGUUAGUGAAGGAGAUACAGAGCUUCCUGAGUGCAGGGACUCUCUCAAAAUCCCAACUUUCACCUGGCCAGUGGUCAGCACUAGUGUUUGUGUUGCUGACAUCAGAGGACAAGCUGGAUGUGUUCGACUUGAAGAAGUACGGCAAGUCUGAUGAAGGCCUGGUAAGACUGCUGCCUGUACUGGAGGAAUCCCAAACCGCUCUGCUCAACCACUGUAAUCUCACUAAACAAAGCUGUGCAGCACUGGCAAGUGUCCUCCGCAAACCAUCCUCAAAACUGAAGAGUUUGGAUCUCAGUGGCAACAAGAUUGGAGAUAUAGAAGUUGGAGAAAUUUGUAAUGGGCUGAAGAACUCCAUCUGUACUCUGGAGAUGCUCAACUUGUCUAGCUGCAGUUUUGGAGAGGAAGGCUUCAGAGCUCUUGCAUCAGCACUGAGAUCAAACCCCUCACACAUGAGAGAGCUAAAGCUGAGUGGGAAUAAAGCAGAAAAUUCAGGAGUGAAGCAGCUUUCUUCUCUUCUGGAGGAUCCCAACUGUAAACUGGAGAAACUACAUUUGUCUAGCUGCAGUUUUGGAGAGGAAGGCUUCAGAGCUCUUGCAUCAGCACUGAUAUCAAACCCCUCACACAUGAGAGAGCUGCAGCUGAAGGGGAAUGCAGCAGGAGACUCUGGAGUGAAGCAUCUGUCUUCCCUUCUGAGGGAUCCCAACUGUAAACUGCAGAAACUAGAAUUUGGAGAGGAAGGCUUCAGGGCUCUUGCAUCAGCACUGAGAUCAAACCCCUCACACAUGAGAGAGCUGCAGCUGAGUAGGAGUAAAGCAGGAGAUUCAGGAGUGACACAUCUUUCUUCUCUUCUGGAGGAUCCCAACUGUAAACUGGAUAAACUACAACAAGCACAUCAGGAGAGACCUCCAUCACCUGCCUGCACCUGUCUGUCUAUGAAGAGUGACAAGUCUCUGGAUCGUAUCAUCACAUUCCCGCAUGGAGACCCUAUAGAGACAUCAAGACAAGUACAUCAGAAGAGACCUCCAUCACCUGCCUCCACCUGUCUGUCUAUGAAGAGUAACAAGUCUCAGAAUCGUCACAUCACAUUCCAGCAUGGAGACCCAAAAGAGACAUCAAGCAAAAUGGAGGACAACAUAUCACAUGCAGCCAGUUCCCAGUCAACCCAGAUUCCACAGUGCAAUUUGGAUCAUAUGUUGCAGGAGCUUGAAAAUAAGAUCUUUGCAUACCUGAGGAAUGAGCUGAAGAGAUAUAAGAGGAUUCUGAAUCCAGACUACAUAGAGAAAUCUGAACAUAAAGAUGACGAGGAUGACAGUGAUGCCAGAGAAGGGGCUCUGAAGAUGGCACUGCACUUCCUUAGGGGCAUGGAUCAGAAGGAGCUUGCUGAAAAACUGCAGGAAAAUGAAAAGGAUGUAGUUUGUCGCAUUGAGUUGAAGAAGAGCCUUCAGAACAGGUACCAGACUGUGUUUGAAGGAAUACAAAUGCAAGGAGGUUCUGCUCUGCUUGAAAAGAUCUACACAGAAGUCUACAUCACAGAGGGAGGAAGUGGGAAAGUGAAUGAGGAACAUGAGAUCAGACAGAUUGAGAUGAAAUCCAAACUAUCAGCUGGACAAGAGACACCAAUCAAAUGCAGUGACAUCUUCAAGCUCUUACCAGGACAAGAUAAACCGAUCAGAAGAGUCAUAACAAAGGGAGUGGCUGGCAUUGGUAAAACUGUGUCAGUUCAGAAGUACAUACUGGACUGGGCUGAGGGCAAGGAAAACCAGGACAUUCACUUCAUAUUUCCCAUACCAUUUCGGGAGAUCAACCUCAUUAGAGAAAAACAGUACUCUAUGAUGGCACUUCUCCACCACCUUUUCUCUGAAAUUAAACCGUUAACAUUUCAGAGCCAAGAGAAGGGCAAAGUGUUGUUCAUCUUGGAUGGUCUGGAUGAAUGUCAACCUCAGCUUAACUUCCAGAGAAGUCAUAGUUUGACUGAUGUCGCAGAGGUGACUUCAGUGGACAUGCUCUUGACAAACCUGAUCACAGGUCAUCUGUUUCCUACUGCUUUAGUGUGGAUCACCUCUCGACCAGCAGCAGCCAAUCAAAUUCCACCAGUGUGUGUUGAUCGUGUUACAGAGGUACAAGGCUUUAGUGACCCACAGAAGGAGGAGUACUUCAGGAAGAGGAUCAGUGAUCAGAAUGUUGCCAAAAGAGUAAUCUCCCACCUCAGAUCAUCUAGGAGCCUCUACAUCAUGUGCCACAUCCCAGUGUUUUGCUGGAUUGCUGCUACUGUUCUUCAGCAGGUCAUCGCAAGAGGUGAAAAGGUUCCGAAGACGCUGACAGAGAUGUAUACAUACUUCCUUGUCUUUCAAAACAGACAGCGGGGCCUAAAGUUUGAUGACGUGUAUGAUGCGGAUCCUCAGUGGAACCAGGCUAGUCUCCUUGAUCUUGGAAGACUAGCCUAUGAACAACUGGAAAAAGGAAACCUGAUCUUUUAUGAAAAGCAUCUGAAAGAAUGUGGUAUUGAUGUAGAGGAGGCAGCAGUUCGCUCUGGCAUCUUCACCCAAAUGUUUCAAGAAGUAUCAGGUGUGAUCCUGGGGAAAGUGUACAGCUUUGUGCAUUUAAGUAUUCAGGAGUAUCUUGCAGCAUUAUAUCCAAGCCGACGAUAUGUGUUCCUAAUGAUGAAAAAUGAAAGAAAAAACAUUGUGUCAAUAGAGCAACCACAAGCAAGUAAUUUGUGGUUAGAAAGAAUGUUUCCUUCAAAGAUGCAGGAAUCAAUGACCGCUAUGCAGAAGAGUGCUGUGGACAAAGCUUUCCAGUGUGAAGAUGGACGCUUUGACCUUUUCCUUCGUUUCCUUCUUGGCCUCUCACUGUACCCCAACCAGAAUCGACUACAUGGCUUACUGCAGAAUCAACACAUUCAGACUGACAAUGAAGAAACAAUCAGAUACAUUAAGGGAAGAAUUAGAGAAGCUCCUUCAUCAGAAAGGGUGAUCAACCUCUUCCACUGUCUGAAUGAACUCAAUGACCACUCGUUAGUGGAGGAGAUACAGAGCUUCCUGAGUGCAGGGACUCUCUCAGAAGUCCAACUUUCACCAGGCCAGUGGUCAGCACUAGUGUUUGCGUUGCUGACAUCAGAGGACAAGCUGGAUGUGUUCGACUUGAAGAAGUACGGCAAGUCUGAUGAAGGCCUGGUAAGACUGCUGCCUGUACUGGAGGAAUCCCAAACCGCUCUGCUCAACGACUGUAAUCUCACUAAAGAAAGCUGUGUAGCACUGGCAAGUGUCCUCCGCAAACCAUCCUCAAAACUGAAGAGUUUGGACCUCAGUAGCAACAAUAUUGGAGCUAUAGAAGUUGGAGAAAUUUGUAAUGGGCUGAAGAACUCCAUCUGUACUCUGGAGAUGAUCAAAAUGCUCCUGUUCGUGCCAAUGUCAUCAUGGCCACCAUACUAUUGUCUAAAAGCCACAAAAAAGAUGAUGGUGUUAUUUUCUCUCUACAGCUUGUCUAGCUGUAGUUUUGGAGAGGAAGGCUUCAGAGCUCUUGCAUCAGCACUGAGAUCAAACCCCUCACACAUGAGAGAGCUGCAGCUGAGUGGGAAUAAAGCAGGAGAUUCAGGAGUGAAGCAUCUUUCUUCUCUUCUGGAGGAUCCCAACUGUAAACUGGAGAAACUAGAUCUCCAUUACUGCAAUUUUGGAGAGGAAGGCUUCAGAGCUCUUGCAUCAGCACUGAGAUCAAACCCCUCACACAUGAGAGAGCUGCAGCUGAGUAGGAAUAAAGCAGGAGAUUCAGGAGUGAAGCAUCUUUCUUCUCUUCUGGAGGAUCCCAACUGUAAACUGGAGAAACUAGGUUUUGGAGAGGAAGGCUUCAGAGCUCUUGCAUCAGCACUGAGAUCAAACCCCUCACACAUGAGAGAGCUGCAGCUGAGUUGGAAUAGAGCAGGAGAUUCAGGAGUGAAGCAUCUUUCUUCUCUUCUGGAGGAUCCCAACUGUAAACUGGAGAAACUAGACUUGUCUAACUGCCGCUUUAGAGAUGAAGGCUUCAGAGCUCUUGCAUCAGCACUGAGAUCAAACCCCUCACACAUGAGAGAGCUGCAGCUGAGUGGGAAUAUAGCAGGAAAUUCAGGAGUGAAGCAUCUUUCUUCUCUUCUGGAGAAUCGCUACUGUAAACUGGAAAAAUUACAUAUUAGAGAGGAAGGCUUCAGAGCUCUUGCAUCAGCACUGAGAUCAAACCCCUCACACAUGAGAGAGCUGCAGCUGAGUGAGAAUAAAGCAGGAGAUUCAGGAGUGAAGCAUCUUUCUUCUCUUCUUGAGGAUCCCAACUGCAAACUGGAGAAACUAGACCUCCAUAGCUGCAGUUUUGGAGAGGAAGGCUUCAGAGCUCUUGCAUCAGCACUGAGAUCAAACCCCUCACACAUGAGAGAGCUGCAGCUGAGUGAGAAUCAAGCUGGAGAUUCAGGAGUGAAGCAUCUAUCUUCUCUUCUGGAGGAUCCCAGCUGUAAACUGGAGAAACUACACUUGUCUAGCUGUAGUUUUGGAGAGGAAGGCUUCAGAGCUCUUGCAUCAGCACUGAGAUCAAACCCCUCACACAUGAGAGAGCUGCAGCUGAGUGGGAAUAAAGCAGGAGAUUCAGGAGUGAAGCAUCUUUCUUCUCUUCUGGAGGAUCCCAACUGUAAACUGGAGAAACUACACCUCUAUAACUGCUUUAUUGGACAGGAAGGAUUCAGAGCUCUUGCAUCAGCACUGAGAUCAAACCCCUCACACAUGAGAGAGCUGCAGCUGAGUGGGAAUAUAGCAGGGGAUUCAGGGGUGAAGCAUCUUUCUUCUCUUCUGGAGGAUCCCAACUGUAAACUGGAGAAACUACACCACCAGGUUGGUCUCCACGCUUCGGGUUCCGACCUCCAGGACUGCAUCCCUCCUUUCCAACCGGUCUCCUACUCGCCAUCUCCACGGGAGACUUUCAUACCCCAGACCUCGCGCAUUUCUGCUGGCGCAGACGUUGCCCGAGCUCUCAGUCGGUGCCCUGCUCCCUCUCGCCUUCUCAGCGGGAGCCGACGUCUCUUCACAUUCACAACCUCCGCCUCUCCGGUUCUCCACCUGUUUGAGCGGGCCCGACGCCGGUUUCUGCCCAUGCAGCAAGCCCGUUUCGGUGCCUACUCCGUCGCCCGCCUCCAUCGCUUGAAGACCGCCAGUGUUCCACGCCGGAGCACUGCCUCGGUAGCCUGCUCCGCAUCGACUGCGACGGUUGCUGGCUCACUCCUCUCCUGCCGCCUCGGCUUUGCCGACUCAGCCCCUGACACUGGCAUCACCGCCGAGGCGCCAGCACCAACCCGGCCACUCUCUGGAUCCCAGCCGCAGCCCUCGAUCCACUCGAGCGCCCAGGGUUCCGCCAGGCCGGGAAAGCCACAAACGGCUCCCCAUCACGGCCGGGUUGCUCGCGGCCUGCCUGGCAGUCCUGAGAUGCGACUUUCUGUCCCCUCACCUGGACUUCACUUUGGCCGCCAUGUUCGUCCUAGCGUAUUUGGGCUACUCAGACGCAGUGAAUUCACCUCUGGCGGCGCCUCAUUUAACCCACUCGUCCAUCCUCGAGUCUGCGACCUCCGCGUCAUCGACGCCGACUCCAUCCGACACAUCGUCAAAUUUAGCAUAUCCGACCAGCCGGGUCAAAGCCACGCCGUUCUUAUUUACACCGUGGCUUCCCAUCUUCAGCCCUAUCAGAUCCUGCCCCGGUACAUCGCUUAUCCCGGAGCUGACAAUCAGACACUUGGCCGUUGGUCCUCGGAUACCUACCAGCUGUACAUCCGUUCUCAUCCCUCCGAGCUGAGGACGGCUCAGAUGGCGCUCUGCUCCCUCCAUAGCUGCAGUUUUGGAGAGGAAGGCUUCAGAGCUCUUGCAUCAGCACUGAGAUCAAACCCCUCACACAUGAGAGAGCUGCUGCUGAGUUUGAAUCAAGCAGGAAAUUCAGGAGUGAAGCAUCUUUCCUCCCUUCUGGAGGACCCCAACAGUAAACUGGAGAAACUACAUUUUGGAGAGGAAGGCUUCAGAGCUCUUGCAUCAGCACUGAGAUCAAACCCCUCACACAUGAGAGAGCUGCAGCUGAGAGGGAAUAAAGCAGGAGAUUCAGGAGUGAAGCAUCUUUCUUCUCUUCUGGAGGAUCCCAACUGUAAACUGGAGAAACUACAGCAAGUACAUCAGAAGAGACCUCCAUCACCUGCCUCCACCUGUCUGUCUAUGAAGAGUGACAAGUCUCAGGAUCGUGGCAUCAAUUUCCAGCAUGGAGACAGAAAAGAGACAUCAAAGCAAGUCUCUGAGGAGAGACCUCCAUCACCUGCCUCCACCCGUCUGUCUAUGAAGAGUGACGAGUCUCUGGAUCGUAUCAUCACAUUCCAGCAUGGAGACCCAAAAGAGACAUCAAGGCCUGUCGAGGCUGCAGGUUUGGAGAGGACGGGCUUCAGAGCUCUUGACUCAGCACUGAGAUCAAACCCCUCACACAAGAGAGAGCUGCAGCUGAAAUUGAAUCAAGCAGGCGAUUCAGGAGUGAAAGCAUCUUUCUUCUCUUCUGGCAGGAUCACAACUGUAAACUGGAGAAAACUAGAUUUUGGAGAGGAAGGAUUCAGAGCUCUUGCAUCAGCACUGAGAUCAAACCCCUCACACAUGAGAGAGCUGCAGCUGAGUGGGAAUAAAGCAGGAGAUUCAGGAGUGAAGCAUCUUUCUUCUCUUCUGGAGGAUCCCAACUGUAAACUGGAGAAACUACAUCUCCAUUACUGCAGUUUUGGAGAGGAAGGCUUCAGAACUCUUGCAUCAGCACUGAGAUCAAACCCCUCACACAUGAGAGAGCUGCAGCUGAGUGGGAAUCAAGCAGGAGAUUCAGGAGUGAAGCAUCUUUCUUCUCUUCUGGAGGAUCCCAACUGCAAACUGGAGAAACUAGAUCUGAACUCCUGUGGUAUUAAAGAUGAAGGCUUCAGGUGUUUAGCAUCAGCACUGAGAUCAAACCCCUCACACAUGAGAGAGCUGCAGCUGAGUGGGAAUAAAGCAGGAGAUUCAGGAGUGAAGCAUCUUUCUUCUCUUCUGGAGGAUCCCAACUGCAAACUGGAGAAACUAGAGUGA